AUGGCUCGAGGUAAGGGAAGUCGGUUGGGCUAUAGUUUUUCACCUAAGAAUAUAGAAGUCAUGAAGUAUUUAGUAGGAUUUACGAGAGAUGAACCACUACCCAACCAAAAUCAAUAUAUGGAGGUCGUUAAUCUUUACGCGGAGAACGAACCGUGGCAGAUUUUUGAAGGCACUAAUAGCUACACAUGUUACUUCAUAACGCCCCAAAAGAAACAAAAUCUGAAAUGGAAAAAAGUUUCGCGAACUGUGGGGAAGGGUACGUGGAAGCCACAAGGAAAGGGAAAAGAGGUUUUUGACAAUAAAGGUAGACUCAUGGGGUACGUGAAAAGUUUGAAGUACACCUACGGUAAAAGUGAUAACAAGAAUGUCAAUGGCGAGUGGCUAAUGACGAAAUAUGAUUUGAAUGAUGGUUAUUUGGAGGCUAGAGAAAUUAAGAACAAGGGUUAUGUAAUUUGUAAGAUAAAGAAGAAGAGAAAACCCAAUGAUGAUAACGAAAAUGGAGUUAGCGAUGAGAAUAUGAAUGGCAUUGAAAAACUUAUUGAUUCAUCUUUACAAUUAGACGACGACAUUAAUGUAGAGGAAGACGAUGUUGGGAAUGAAGUACUUGCUACUUUGGACAAGGAAGACGAUGGUGAUCCUAAUGUAGAAUGCUUAGAGGGACAUCCAUAA